AUGAAAAUUACAUACCUUGGUUUAUUAUUCUUGUUUGUUACAUUGAUCGGCGUAGCUAAUUCUUAUCCACGUAAAGUUGAUGCAUGCGCGAAUAUUCAUAAUGAUCAUAUAUCUGGAAAAUCAUUGUUUAAAUAUGAAGACGUAAAAGCUUGUUACGAAGCAUUUCCAUUUGAUAAAGAUAAUGCAACACGGACGAUAGAAACAUUAAAGAGUAUUUUUGCAAAUUUCUAUUCAUUUUUGGACCAAGCAAGAGAUCCUCCAACAAAAGGAUUUACUUAUAGGUCUAUUGAUGUGUUGUCAGAAUUAGAUUUACUAUUAAAAAACAACUAUACAACUGAUAUUCAAUUUAUGUAUGAUAUUAUAGAUGUUGUUAGAACAUUGAAGGAUGCACACACUUCAUUUUAUACUGCUUGUUAUGAGGCAUUUAAUUUCGAUCAACAGUUUUCAAUGUAUUCAAUUGUUAAGCAUGAUGGAACGCAGCAAAUUAAGGUUUUUAAUGACUCAAUUGAUCCAAAAAAUAUCGACUGUCAAGUUACGCAUAUCGAUGAUGAACCCGCAAUGGAUGUAAUUAUUAAAUAUGCUAACGAUUCUAUAAGAACAUCAAGAGAUUUAGGUGUUCGAUUUAAUAAUGCCCUUGCAUCUCUCACUCUUCAAGGUGGAAAAAUUCGUUUAGAUAGCUUUUCACAACAGUUCACUAGUCGAAUAUUACUUCCGAAAAAUCCUACUAUUUCUUACACUCUUGAUUGUGAUGGAAAAAUUAAUAAAAUUACUCGAGGAUGGAAAGUCACUGCUCGUAAUGAUAGUAUGUUUAAUAAUUUUACUGAUUCUACUUCUUAUUGGAACAAUAUAUGCAUAAAUCAACCUCUUCAAGCGAGAUCAGGAUUAUCGUAUGAGAGUAAAAGAGAACUAGAUGAAUAUGUACCCACAUUAGAAGAAGGAAAAUUAAUUAUUGAUGCUUAUAUCAUUAGAUUUUAUACAUUACGGGACUUUGGUGUCGCUGUAAUUUCUACUGAAUCUAUUGAUGAUCAAUAUAUUUUAAAUGGAUUGCUGUUUAUAGAUUUAUUAUCUACCAUAAAUCAAGGAUUUCAAUCAUUUGCAAAUAUGGGCAUUAAAAAGGUCGUUUUGGAUUUAACAAAUAAUGGAGGUGGAGCUGCUUUUAUAGCUCAUUAUAUUACUCAACUCUUAUUUAGGGACAUUAGGAAUUUUCCAUUUGAUGUAAAAAUUACUGAGGCAGCAAAACUUGUGAUAGAACAAUCUACUGCCAAAAAUUCUGGUAACGAAUUCGACAUUAACAAUAAUUAUAUUUCCGAAAAAACGAAUACUUCGUUUACUAAUGUCUCAGACUUUAUUGGAAACAACUAUUAUAUACGUGGUGGAAUAGAAAUACUAACAAAAGCAUGGUAUCAUCAUCAAUGUCAAGAAUAUACUAGUUUAGAACUAGACCCAACAAAAUUUGAACAAAUGAUCAAAGCUAUUAAUCCCUAG